AUGGUUAGGAAUGGUCAAACCUGUCGGUUCUGGAGCGAUAACUGGAGUCCAUUUGGGUGCCUCACUGAUUUCUUGAAUCUCCCUCACUCAACCCGGCUAGGAAUCCCGCGAACUGCUACUCUCGCCAGUCUGAAUGUUCAAGGGAAUUGGAUACUACCUGCAGCAAGAUCAGAGAAACAAGUCCAAGUUCAGAUCUUUCUCUCAACUAUUACACUCACGGAUGCUGAAGAUCAAUAUAGUUGGGUGGUGGAUGGAUCAAAAUCAACUACCUUCAGUACUGGAGCUGUUUAUAAGGCGAUCAAGCACCACAACCCUAUUGUAGAAUGGAGAAAGACAAUAUGGUGCUCAAGAGGAACUCCUAAGCACAGCUUCUUAGCUUGGCUAUUCACUCUGAACCGUUGCCCAACAAGAGAUCGACUGCUGUCUUGGGGACUCAACACCCCUUCUACAUGCCUUCUAUGCAACAAUUGUGAUGAAAGCCGUAAUCAUCUCUUCUUUGAAUGUGUUUACUCCUCACAGGUCUGGCACAAUAUGGGAAGUCGAUCAGGCAUAACUACCUCCACAUCUUGGGAGUUGACUCUCACCGCGCUUCAUCACCUGUCAGGGCCGCGACAUGCAAAGCUGCUUCCUCUCUUCGUGUGGCACAGCACAAUCUAUUACAUCUGGUCAGAACGGAAUGCAAGGCUGCAUAGGAACAUCUAUCGACCUCCGGACUCGAUCGCCAAUUCCAUCCGUUCCUACAUCAAGGCAAAAAUAGCUGCAAUCAGACCAACCUCCCCGUCUCUGGCUUCCUCUCUAUUUCGCUUGUGGAAUCGGUGA